CUUCAUCAGUGUUUGUGGUGAGAGUUGUUUUCCCCGCCCGUUUCCUGCCUCAGACGUUUCCUGCACACGGAUGUUUUGUCAGUCAAAGGAAAAUCUGCUUCAGAGACGCUGAACGUGAAACUGGCUUCAUCUCGUCGCUGCUGUUGAAGACAUCAUGUCUGUUCAGACACAUCGUCAGUGCAGCAUCGAGGUUCAGAAUAAGUGCGCUGGUUACAGCCUGGGAAACCCACGGGUUCACACCGUCAGCGGAUCCUGUGAGAAACCUCUGCCGCCGACUCUCGGUCCAUCUGAAUCUGGAAGCGCUCUGUUCAUCAAGACUCCGCACACAGCUUGUGGAUCUGUUGGAGUCUUUACCUAUGAUCUCCUGAGUGAAUCCACAAGGCAGUACAGAGGGAGAGUGGCUGUCAUGUUCUCUGUUCCUUAUGACUUUAACCUGUACUCUAACUGGUAUGCAGUGGGAGUGUUUGGGCUGGACAUGCACUGCGAUAAGCAUCUUUAUGAGAUGAUGUAUUACAAUGCAGAGAGAGGGUUUGUCAGAGGUAAAGCUAAAGGUCCUUCUCUGACUCACAAAGGUAAUGAUGUUACCAUCAGAGCCACCAUGUCCGACAGUUACCAACCUGUCAUCAAGGUACAGGUGUGCAACAACUGACAUGAAAACAUUCAAACAUCUUUAAGAUCUGUCUCCCAGUUUGUCCACUAAGACAAAAAGUCACUUAUCUUCCUGUUUAUCUGCAUGUGCUCUGCUUCUGUCUCAGUGACCAGAUUCUAAUUGUAUUUAGUUCUGGUAGAAACUAAACAGAAAUACUUUGUAAAAUUACAGUUUUACAGUUUAUUUCUUCUGUGCUCUGUUUCCUAUCACAGCUGUAACCUGCUGAGCACAGUGUCCACUAACUGUUCUGGGAUCUGAAUGCUGGCCCUCUAACAUCGUCCACUUCCUGUGUGUAUCAUGUUAUAUAUGCUGCAUCUCCUUCUCCUCCUCUCCUCCAUUCCGAGCUGUCCUAUCUUCCUCCUCUUCCUCCUUUCACCCAGCCCGGCCCUCAGCAGGAGGGUUCCCCCCUGUGAGCCGGGUUCUGCUCGAGGUUUCCUGCUGUUCACAGGGAGCUGUUUCUUGCCACUGACGCCUUAAGUACUAAUCUGGGGUCAGAUUCUGGGUCUCUGUAAAGCGCUUUGAGACUAUUUUGACUGUGGCAGUAUAAAUAACACUUUUGAACUUCAAUUAAAAUCAUGUCUGUGUAACACAAACACAAUAAAUUCUGCCUGAAACACC